AAGCUGCAGCCUGUUGCACGCACCAAGGGACGUGAAAACAGCGCUAUUUCUGCUCAAAGCGAAGACAUGUGAGCGACACGGACUUUUCCACUCAACUUUACAUUUUAAGUCCAACCUAAAUAAUGCCCACACGUCUGAAUCCACGGCCAACAUGCGGACAUCGCGUUUGAAUCUGCCCUGAGCGAGUUUUUGCACCGUGGGAAGUUUGCCGAGCCCCAGUGCAUGAUGGGAUCAUUCCGGCGCCCGAGGCCUCGCUUCAUGAGUUCUCCAGUUCUGUCGGACUUGGCUCGUUUUCACGCCAGCUCCACGGCUCUGCAGGUCUCCAACACCAGUGUCUGGAACAGUGUGCAGUGUGCAGUCAUGAAGGUGUUUGAAGGAGGAGCUCUGCAGCCCAAUGAACUCUACACACUCAACGAGAGCAUCAGGUGGCUGCUGAAGACAGAGAUGGGAUCCUUCAUCACAGACUUCUUGCAGAACCAGCUUCUCACCCGAGGUCUGUCCGAAGUCCUCGACCAAAUCCUCCUCACCACUGGAGAGGAGCAGCUCGAGGCUCUCUCCGUCGCCUGGGAACGCUUCUUCACCGAGACGCUGCCCACUCUGCAAGCCAUAUUCUACCCAGUACAGGGCCAGGAGCUCAGUGUGAGACAGAUGGCGCUGUUGGCCUUCAGAGACCUAGUGUUACUCAAGCUCCACCUGGAGGAUACUCUGGGAACAGCAGCCUCCGUCCCUCCGGCCAUAACUCAGAUGCUGCUCGUGCUACAGGGCAUCCAUGAGUCCGGGGGCCCCUCUCAAGAGUACGUUCAGCUCGAGAGCUUGGUGGAGAUCGUGGUGUCUCCGUAUCUUAGCAACAUCACAGAGGAAACGCAUCAGCUCCUCUUAGAGUCUCGUCACGUCCGCUCGCCACCCUCCCUCCCUCACUCGUCUCACCCGGAGAUCACGGUCACGCAGCACCUCACCUCCUCUGACUCCGCCACCCUCGCCCCUCUGGUGGAGCAGGAGGGCGAGGCUUACCUGGAGAAGUCCGGGGGGAUCCGCAGGCACACCGUGGCCACCAUCCUGUCCGCGCCUUUCCGAACCGAGCCGAACCGGACCCAGCCGAACCCCAACCGGACCUACAGCUGCAAAGGAGCUUUAGGGACCUUACUCUUAAAGGGGAGGAUACUGACUCCGAGGCCUUUCUCUAGUCAGCCCGACGUGAUGCCCAAAACAGUGACUGCAGCCGAGGUGCUAUGAGCUCUACCCAGGUUUCAAAAAUUCAACAGAAGCAAUUCAUACUUGGCAGUGACAUCACGCCGGGGGUGUUCUACGUGUAUCUCUAUGGUGGAAAGUACAUCAGUUAUCAUGGAGAGACAAUGCACACAGCAACAGUGUCAAAAAAGUUUUAAGCACAUUUCCGUGAGCCUGUGUUUAAUAGCAUUCAUGGUCCUGUUUGGGUGUUUCAUUUUUAACAAAAAGGUGAGAGUGACUAAUUUUAUGUGUGAGAGACUUGUUUAACCGCACAAAUCAGAUCACCUAAUGUAGCUCCAGCUAAAUCUGUUUUUUACGAUCAGAUUGGUCCCAUGCUGCUAUUCCGACAUGCCGCUAUUUACACAUUGACGAACUAAUUGUUGGAGUAGCUGCAUAAACUUUAUUUUUCAAGUGCCCUACUACUACGAAUUUUUUUUUAUUGUAGCGGUACUUUACUAUUUUUCGAACAUUCGGCUUUUCCGACAUGAAUAAUAUUAAUUAUUAUACUUUGCGCUCCCAGAUAUCAUAAGAUGCUUGAGAGGCCACAGAGGAUAUCAGACAGUGGGAAAAUGUCCUAACUGAUCGCCGUGGGAAACAGUCAUGCUUUUUUAAAAAGAGCAUAGACCAGCCUUCAGGAAAAUAUCUCAUCUAAAACAGAGGCUGGCUGGGCCCUUUGUGCUUCAUUCAUUCAUUCAUUCAUUUUGUCAUGUAGGCCAGGGCUCCCCAACCCCUGGGCUGUGAACUGGUAUCGGGCCACAAAAGUGUGAAACCCCCCUUCCAUACGCCACCCGGAUGCUGCAUUUUCUCUCAUACGCCCCGUGGACCACACCUCUAAACCGGGACUAAACCAGAACUAACUCAAAACUAAAGCCAGGACUAAUCCAGGACUAAAAUCAUGACUAAAAUCAUGACUAAAACCAAGUCUAAAGUAGGUCUAAACCAGGUCUAAAAUCAGGACUAAACCAUGCUGCACCUCCUCCUGUGCGCAGCGUCUUUUCCUGUACCCCCCCGGUCCGUGAAAUAUUGUCAGACAUAAAACCGGUCUGUGGCGCAAAAAAGGUUGGGGACCACUGAUGUAGGCGAUCUGCAGUGAACAACAUACAGCCUAAAUAAAUAACUAAUAAAUCAAGUUCAUUGUGCCAGCUCAAUGAGAUGACUCUCUCACAUUCCAAAACACACAUACGACCUACAUAUGACCAUGAAAUGUGAUUGUAUACGCAUUAGGCCCCUAUUUCUUUCUUUUAGACCAGGGAUCUCCAACCUAUAUCUUGGGAGCUCUCCACCCCCUUCCAAGUAGCUCACCAAGGGAUUUUGGAAUUAUACCAUUCUGCUGGUACAAAAAUUGGGUUAUUUUGGUUAAUGCCUAUUACCAUUGUAAAUGUAUCAUUUUGAAGCCCAACUUUAUGCACUAAUAAAUGGACCAUGAGUAGCUCUCUGGCAUUUUUGUUUUGUAAAAGGUGGCUCAAAAAAGAAAGAAAUAAGUUGGAGACCCCUGUUUUGUAUCAUUACUCUCAAAAAAAAAAAAGAUGUGUCGGAAUAGCGAUAAUAAAAAUGACAGAAAACCGGCACGUCUAAAUAGAGACAUAUCGUAAUGAAGGGAUGUCGGCGGGGGACCCGGUCUGGAUUGUAACAGAGCAGUGCCUACAGUUAGUUUCACACCUUCAGGGAAUGUUGAUGACAUCAGCUGCAAAGUAUCAGUAGUUUUUAAAGAGGCUGGACUCUUUGGACGUCUAAUGCAGGAGACGUUUAUUUACCAUCAGUAUGGAACCUGAAGACACGAACGCUCAACUUUUGGCUUUGUGAAAUUAAUUAAUUUGUACAUGGUCAAGUAAAUUAACAAAACCAUUAAAGAUGCAUUAUGUAACUUUUCCAGGUGGAGGGUCUGACACCCACUUGUCUGUAUGAUGUCAGCAGAAAUGUACUAGGAAACUGUAUUUAUAUAUAAAAAGUAGAUUCACUUCCAAAACUCA